UUUGAAGAUUUAAUCACUUUUAUGCCUUCACCUAUUGACUUUUGUCUUUAUAUCUGCAUUAACGGCAGAUUUUGCAAAAUAAAAUAACAACUUUUACUAAACGUGCAAUUAUAGUCGGUAUGCGAGCGCAUCUUUUGAAUGUGGUUGGUGGGGGCUCGUGUAAAAUCAGGUGAUGAUUCGUGGUAAGUAUAAAGUUCUAUUGUGACCGCCUUGUCACUAUAUAGUUGCGGAUGUAGCAACCAUACUGAUUUAAUUAAAAUCAAUUGAUGGCAUUAUAUUGCUCAGACGGACGCCGGCAUUAUUAGGUGUCCACCCACUCCACGUUUCUAACCUGCGGCGCGGUGCCUGAAAGAGAUGGCCCCAAAUAAUUUGAAACCCACCGGUAUUCUGUUCGAAACCGAUGAAGAUGUUCCCAUGGAAGACAUCCCCGUCGAGAGGUACAAAAAAACGGCGAAAUCUACACGUUCCUGGCCAAUGAUCAUCAUUUACGCAUAUUUUCACAUUGUCGCCGUACAGGGACUUUAUUUGGCAUUUACAUCCGCUAAAAUUUGGACGUCGCUUUUGGUUGUGUUCUUAUACGAAGUGGGGAUAUUAGGUAUAACAGCCGGUGUCCAUCGUUUAUGGUCACAUCGAGCAUAUAAGGCAACAUGGCAACUCCGAUUACUACUGACGGCAUUCCAAACUAUUGCUUUUCAAAACUCUGUGAUCGAUUGGGCAAGAGAUCAUCGUGUACAUCACAAAUAUAAUGAAACAGACGGUGACCCGUACAAUGCCAGACGCGGUUUUUUCUUUUCCCAUAUCGGAUGGAUGUUUUUUCGAAAGCAUCCCGAUGUAAUAGCGAAAGGAAGAGGAAUUGACUUCUCCGAUUUGUAUGCGGAUCCGAUUUUAUUUUACCAAAAGAAGUAUUACUACUACAUAAUGCCGAUCGUAUGCUUUCUUCUUCCAACCUAUUUGCCAAUGUAUUUGUGGAAUGAAACCUUCACCAACGCAUUUACUAUUAAUAUUCUGAGAUACAUUUUAACAUUGAACAGUACCUUAGCAGUCAAUUCCGUUGCACACAGAUGGGGAUCGAAACCUUAUGACAAAUUCUUAAACCCAUCAGAAAAUUUAUCGAUAUCUCUACUAACGUUAGGAGAAGGAUGGCAUAAUUACCAUCACGCCUUCCCAUGGGAUUAUCGAACUGCCGAGCUUGGAAAAUUCAGCACCAACUUAACAUCGGUUUUUAUCGACCUAAUGGCUAAAAUCGGUUGGGCCUAUGAUCUAAAAUCUGCCUCAGAAGAAAUGAUAAAGAAACGUGUAAUGAGAACCGGUGACGGUAGCCAUGAAAUAUGGGGAUGGGGUGACAAGGAUCAACCUAAACAAGAGAUAACGGAAGCUGUUAUUAAUCAUGCCAAAGAUGAAUGAAUUGCAUGCGUAAAUGUUGUAUUUAUUGUGCUAGGACUACAUAUUAUGUAAAUAUCUAUAAUAAAAGGCGGUAGAAAAACACAUGGA